AUGAAAUACCUUGCUGCCUACCUACUUCUUACUGUUGGCGGAAAGCAAUCGCCAUCAGCUAGCGAUGUUGAAUCUGUCUUGUCCACUGUGGGCAUUGAAGCUGAAAAAGAACGUGUUGAGUCUUUGCUCCAUGAACUUGAAGGCAAGAACUUAGAAGAGUUGAUUGCUGCUGGUAACCAGAAACUUGCCACUGUUCCCUCUGGAGGUGCUGCUUCCGCUGCUCCAGCUGCCGCUGGUGAUGCUGCUCCUGCUGCUGAAGAAGCCAAGAAGGAAGAGGCCAAGCAAGAGGAGGAAUCUGAUGAAGAUAUGGGCUUUGGUCUCUUUGAUUAG